AUGAGUCAACUUAAAGACCCUAGAUCGGAUCUUUCUAUUACGAUAAAUACUGCAACAGAUAUCUAUACUCUCAAAAAACCAUUUCUUAUACAAUAUUGCGUAAAUAAAAAUCUAAAAUCUACUGGAACUACUACCGAAUUAAGAUCUAGACUAAGCAGAUAUUUAAGAGGAGCUAUAACUUUGGAAGACGUGGAUGAUUCUUUAGACGUUGAAAAACGUAAUAUAAUUCUUAAUAAUUCGAUCACUAAUAAAAUUGAUUUAAACACUUUACUGAAAGACGCUGAGCUAUCCGACUCCAGUCCCGAUCAAAAAGACAGUAAUAAAAACCCAUCAACUACUUACUCAACAUCAUUAGCAUUAUACGACAACUUAAACAAUAGUUUAAAUUCAUUUUCAAAUAGAGUUGAAAAAAUCUUAGAAAAUUCAAACACAUCUGGUAGUAACUCUCAAGAUCAAAGCACACAAUUAUAUAAAAAUACCUUAAUACAUUUUGAGGAUUCUAUUACUUCUCCCGAAAAUUCAAAACACAUAUAUCAGGAAAUAGUGCUCAACAAAGAUAACUCAACAAAUAAUCAAGCUAAUCCUAAUUUAAGCAUCAACUCUAUUCUACCCCCACCAAUUGCACCGAGCAAAAGGAGAAUGAAUGAAAAAACUCUUAUGAUUAAACCUGAUAAUUUUACUGGGACUGAGGACGUUAGAAAAUUUUUUAAACAAUAUAAUAAGAUUAGCGACAUUAAUGAAUGGAAUGAAAACGACAAACUAAAAUACUUUUCAAUUUUUGUAAAAGGCACAGCCAGUACCUUUUUAGAAAAUCUUGAAGACCAAAAAGGAAAUUGGUCAUGGAAAGAAUUAGAAGAAAUUUUUUUAAAUGAAUUUCAACCCAUAGGACAUGACACUAUAUUGCAAAUCAAACUAGAAAAACGUAGGCAAGGGGAAAAUGAAUCUACCACAAGUUUCUUAGCUGAAAUAGAAAGUUUAUGUAGGCAGGUAAAUAAGCACAUGAGUGAAAAAGAUAUUUGUGGAUAUAUUUUAAAAGGUUUAAAGGAUAACAUUUUACAAUCAAUUUCGAUGCAAGACAAUAAUAGCUUAAAAAACUUAAAAGAAAAUUUAAAAAAAUUUGAACUGAUGCAGUUUAGGAUAAAAAAUAAAAAAGAUGAUAUGAGUGAAUACACAGAAAUUCUAAAUGAACAAGUAUUACAAUUAAACCAAAAAACAAAAGAUAUAGAAAUAGAGAACAAUGAAUUGAGAAGAAAUAGAUCGGUACAUUUUGAUGGCAACAAUAAACAUAAAAAUAAUAGUCGUGAUUAUAAUGAAAACAGAGGACGAAGUUACAAUAGGAAAAGAGACUUCGACGAUGAUAAACGCGAGUACCGAAAUAACAGUCCAUACCCAUAUAGGAGAAAUGAUAGCGAAGAGAGGAAUUACAAUAAAAGAGAUAAUAGUCCUUACCCCUCUAGGUCGUAUAAUCGAUAUUCUAGAGAUAAUAGCAAAGACAACAAUUACAAUAGAGACAGAUCAUACUCAAGAGAAAGAAAGAACAACUAUGAUAGUUCUAGGGAAAGUAGUAGAGAUAGAGGUUAUGACAGAGAUUUUAUAACGUAUAAACAUAGAGACGAUAAAGACAGGGAAACAAGAGGAAAUUAUAAACAGUGUAGUAAAAACAUAGACGAAGAAAAACGAUUCACAAGAAACCGGCAAUACAGCAGAGAGAACAGUCGAGAAAGAGUACCAGGAAAAUAUAGAGAAGACCGCUAUGCGAAAGAAUCCGAGAGAGUUACUUGCUAUAGGUGUAACGAGCGAGGACACUACGCGGAUAAUUGUAAAAUGCCAAAAAACGAUUAA